GUUCGCCUUCAAUAUUAAAGUACUUUUGUGGUCUACAAGAAACAUUUUCUAUCAGAGAAUAUCAAAAUUGUGCAAACGAUAGGAAUCAGGGGAAUCAUAGUAUGUUUUGGAUAUCGUAUUAGAAUUAGAAUUGGAGUAGGUUUUAUAUUUGGUGCUUAAAACCUAUAUAUACAGAUUAUAUUCCUCGCUUUCUUUCGUUUUCUUUAUACUAGGGUUUUUCUUGUCUGGAAUUGUUUUUUGCAAUUAAGCUCUUGGAUUCUGGUGAGAAACACUCGAAAGAUAAUGGCAACUUUUGCUGAUUCGUUCAUGGCAGAUCUUAAUGACCUUUCUGACCAUGUGGACGGGGAGCUUGCUGAGAUUCAAGUCAUCAAUUCUGCUGCUGAUUUGGACAACGUAUCCAACCUACAGAAAUCCAAGCGUUAUAUUGAUCUCGAGGAGGACGAAUCUGAUCUAGAAUACCAGCUAAUAGUGGACUGCAUUGCUUUGUCAGUUGAUAUUGAAAACGAAAUAAUGAUUAUUCAUAAUUUUAUUCGUGACAAGUACCGCCUCAAAUUUCCAGAGCUUGAGUCGCUGGUGAAGCAUCCGAUUGACUUUGCUCGUGUUGUGAAAAAGAUUGGGAACGAAGUUGAUCUGACCCUGGUUGAUUUGGAACAACUAUUGCCCUCAGCUAUUAUUAUGGCGGUCUCAAUUACCGCGUCAACCACAAGGGGCAAGCCACUCGAUGCUGAAGAUCUGGGGAAGAUAGUGGAGGCCUGUGACAGGGUUCUUGCGCUGGAUUCAGAAAAGAACAAGGUUCUUGAUUAUGUAGAGAGUAGAAUGGGAUUUAUUGCUCCGAAUCUUUCUGCUAUAGUUGGCAGUGCUGUUGCUGCCAAAUUGAUUGUCGCUGCUGGUGGAUUAUCAGGACUUGCUAAUAGAGAAUACAAUGUUCAGCUUCUUGGUGCUAAGCCCAAUAAUUUAGCAGGAUUUUCAGCCGCAAAUUAUAAAUUUCGUGGAGGAUAUAUGGAGCAAACGGAGAUUUUCCAGAGCACGCCCCCUGCUUUGAGGAAGCUUGCUUCGCGUCAGUUAGCUUUAAAAUCUACACUUGCUGCCUCUGUUGAUUUUACUGGAGGGGAUUUAAGUGGGGGAGUUGGGAGGGCCUUGCGUGAGGAGAUCCUUAAGAAGAUUGAGAAUAAGCAAGAGCUGCAUCCUGCAAGACAUGUGAAACCUCUUCCAAUUCCUGAUGUCCGUCAGAAAAAAAGGAGAGGGGGUCGGCGAUUAAGGAAAAUGAAAGAAAGAUAUGCUGUAACGGAUAUGCAGAAGCUAAGAAACCGGAUGCAGUUUGGAGUGCCGGAGGAGAGCUCUUUAGGGGAUGGUUUAGGGGUGGGAUAUGGAAUGUUGCGGGCAUCAAUUGGUCAGAGCAAACUUGCUGCCAAAGUUACAAAAAAGUACGGAGGGAGGAGCUCUGCAAGUAGUUUUGCAACCUCAGGAUUCACUUCAAGUUUGGCCUUUACACCUUUUCAGGGAAUUCAGCUCGCAAAUCCAGCUAACUAGCUUGGUAGUGCAACACAAAACCCUUGAUUGGUGUUAUCAUUCUCAUCAUAAUCUCAGUAGCCAUCUAGCUUGUGGAGCUCAAGGUUGUCAGAAAUCUGAUGGAAAAAUUGGAUAUCCAUGAAUAAUGGAAGACUCUGAUAUGCAGAGGAUUUUUGAUGCAUUCUGUGAAAGCUCCCAAACCCUGCCAAAGAUUGUAGAAGAUUUUACAUUUGCUCAUCGAAA